GGUAAGGAAGAUUGCAAGGGAUGAAUUUUGACAGACACAUAGUCCAAGUCUCCAACACACUCUAGAUUUUAAAAAUUCUAGUCAAAUUGAAAUCUAACUGAAGUAAUUUGGCCAACUUCUAAAUUUUGUUGCCAUUUUCACAAAUUUACAUGUCAUUUUCUUUUUACACAAACUCACACAACGGUCGAAUUUUAAUUCAAAUUUCAAAAAAAAUAAAAACUAUUACGAAUCCACACCAUUUAAUAAUAAACUAAAGCAAAUUCUUGAGUAUAUUAAUGCCUCUGUAUUAACGUCCAAAACUUGAUAUUAACUCUCGUCUAUAUUAAUUCGUUAUGUGGCUCCGGUCACUCCCUUGGAACAAAAAAAAAAAAAAAUAAAAAAUUGUACAAAUAGCAAUAAAUAAUAAAAUUUGAAAGUGGGUUGUAUUCUUUUCAGGUACCCGCAAAUACCGCCAAAACAUUAAAGUACCUGAACAGCGUAACUAGCCGUUACAUUUUUCUUCAUCUUCAAUCUUCACUCCCUGAAAUUUUUGUUUUUGUUUUCGUUUUACUAUUCAUCUCCUCAAAUACCCAACUUUCCAUAUUUCUUCGUAAUUUUGGUUCAUAUUUUUCAAUAAUUGAGGCAGAAGAUUCUAGAAUUUAGCAAUAAAAUCUCUUUCAAAUUGGUGGAUUUUGAAAUUGGGUGUUGAAAAUGGGAGAGCCCAAGACACCAUUGUCCAAGAUCCUAACAACCACAUCAUCAUGUACUCCUGGGGGAACGAAAGUUCGAGAGGAGAAGAUAAUGGUAAUGGUUCGAGUAAGGCCGCUGAGCUCGAGGGAGCAAGCAAUGUAUGAUUUGAUUGCAUUGGAGUGCCCAGAUGAGGAGACAGUAGAAUUCAAGAAUCCCAAUGAUGAGAGGCCUUGUUCCUCCUUUACCUUUAAUAAAGUGUUCAGUCCAACUUGUGUGACCGCGAGGGUUUAUGAAGGAGGGGCAAAGGAUGUGGCCUUAUCAGCUCUUACUGGGAUUAAUGCAACCAUUUUCGCGUAUGGACAGACUAGUAGUGGUAAAACGUUUACUAUGAGAGGAAUCACUGAAUAUGCAAUUGAGGACAUAUAUCAGUAUAUGCAAAAUCAUCCUGAAAGAAAUUUUUCAGUGAAAAUGUCUGCUUUGGAGAUCUACAAUGAGACUGUGGUUGAUCUUUUAAAUCGUAGUUCUGGUCCACUUCGACUUUUGGAUGAUCCUGAGAAAGGAACCAUGGUUGAAAAGCAAGUUGAAGAAGUUGUAAAGGAUAGUCAGCAUUUGAAGCAUUUAAUUGGCAUCUGUGAAGCUCAAAGGCAAGUAGGGGAGACAGCCUUGAAUGAUAAAAGUUCAAGAUCACAUCAGAUAGUGAGACUGACCAUUGAGAGCCGCCUCAAGGAAAAUGCAGGCCGUCUGAAGUCUUUCGUAGCAAGCCUGAAUCUUGUCGACCUUGCUGGUAGUGAACGUGGCUCUCAAACUAAAAGUGCUGGUUUAAGGUUGAGGGAAGGAAGUCAUAUAAACCGCAGCUUGUUGACACUCACCCAAGUUAUCCGAAAACUGGGCAGUGGAAAAAGGACAGGUCAUAUACCAUACAGAGAAUCAAAGCUUACCCGAAUAUUGCAGUCUUCACUUGGAGGAAAUGCACGAACUGCAAUAAUAUGUACCUUAAGUCCUGCAUUGAGUCAUGUAGAACAAUCACGCAAUACACUGUUAUUUGCAACAAGUGCAAAGGAGGUUACAAACACUACUAGGGUUAAUGUGGUUGUUACGGACCAGCAGUUGGUUAAGCAUUUACAACAGGAAGUUUCUAGAUUGGAAGCUGAGCUCAAAAGUCCAGAACCUUCAUCUUCAUCAGCUUUAAAGGCACUUUUGAUUGAGAAAAACGUAAAAAUCCAAAAGUUGGAGAGGGAAAUGGGAGAGCUUAAGCGACAAAGAGAUCUUGCACAGUCUCAACUUGAACUGGAAAGAACACGCAAGGAAAAGAAGGAAUCAAGUAACUCCAGCCCAUCUAAUCAAGUGAGAAAGUGCCUCGCUUAUCCAUCAGACACAAUUGCGAGCAAAUUUGCAUCUGAAACCCAGGAAAGAUAUAAGGCUGGAAGGCAGUCAACGCUUAGGCAAUCAGUUACAUCCACUGAUCCUUCUCUCUUAGUGCAAGAGAUCCGGAAGCUUGAAGUUCUGCAAAGACGACUUGGUGAUGAAGCAAAUAAAGCUCUUGACAUACUUCAAAAAGAAGUUGCGUGUAACAGACUGGGGACACAAGAUGCUGCUGAAAAUGUUGCAAAGCUACUUUCUGAGAUCAAAAACAUGCAAAUUAUCAAUUCCAUAUCCGAAGACAUCAUGGUAAAGGACAAAGCUGACCUGAAAGAGGAAAUCAUCCGGCUGAACUCGCAGGGGCAGACAAUUGAAUCUUUAGAAAAGAAGCUUGAGAAUGUCCAGAACUCUGUGGACAGGUUGGUAUUUACUUUGGGAAAUAAUGAGGAUACCCCAGAUUCAAAGACACAAUCUAAAAGGAAAAAGGGUAUCCCAUUUAACCUAACCAACAGUCCAAACAUGUCAAACUUCAUAAGGGCUCCAUGUUCUCCUCUUUCCUCUUCUCGGAGAGUAAUGGAUGAGAUAGGUAAUACUAUGUCAGAUAACCAAAGUACUGUGCCAACUAAUGAUAGUCUGCAGAAUUCCUGCAAAAGCACCCCUCUUAAAGGUGACCAAGUUGGUUAUUCUCAUUCCUCUAGGGAGAAUACUCCUGCAAGGCAGAAAUCGAAUUCAGUUAAUGUAAAGAAAAUGAAGAAAAUGUUCAAUAAUACACUUGAAGAGACUGCACGUAACAUCAGGUCAUAUGUUACUGAGUUAAAGGAAAGAGUUGCUAAGCUUCAGUAUCAAAAGCAGCUUCUGGUUUGUCAGGUGCUGGAUCUGGAGGCUGGUGAAGCAACAACCAGUUCACAUGGUGAAGCUGACCAAUCUCCUUUUUCUUGGCUGUCAAUGUUUGAGGAACAAAGAAAGCAGAUAGUAAUGUUAUGGCAUCUGUGCCAUGUCUCGCUGGUGCACCGCACCCAGUUUUUCCUGUUAUUUAGAGGUGAUCCUGCUGAUCAGGUAUACAUGGAAGUUGAGCUGCGAAGAUUAACUUGGUUAGAACAGCAUUUGUCAGAUCUUGGAAAUGCUAGCCCUGCUCUCUUAAGUGAUGAACCAGCCUCCUAUGUUUCGUCAAGCAUUAAGGCCCUUAAACAAGAGAGGGAAAACCUAGCAAAGAGGGUUAGUUCAAGAUUAACACCAGAAGAAAGGGAAGCUCUCUACAGAAAGUGGGAUAUCCCACCAGAAGGGAAGCAAAGACGGAGGUUGCAGUUAGUCAACAAGUUAUGGACUGACCCUCACAACUUGCAGCACGUGCAAGAAAGUGCGGAGAUUGUAGCAAAGCUUGUUGGGUUUUGUGAAUCCGGUGAGCAACUUAAAAGGGAGAUGUUUGAACUUAAUUUCAAGUCACCUUGUGAUAAGAAAACAUGGAUGGGCUGGAACUUGAUAUCGAACCUGUUGCAUCUGUAAAUACUUGAUCUGAUUAAUCUUCUGCAAAUAUAUGUGUAAAGUUUGUCCUGUCUAACUAACCUUAGAAUGUAAUAACAAGUUUUAUGCUGUCUACUAA